AAAAGAACAAAGGUUUAUGGCGGUGCCGGUGUUGGCGAAGCUUCGGGUUUCAAGAUUUUUUAUUCGUUAAUUUGAAGCUGGUAGUUUUGAAAUUCAUUUGAGAAUGAACAUUGCCCGAAUAAAUAUUUGGCGUUCUGUUCCGGGACUUUCUUUAAGAGAUCCCCACUCAAGACUUGAAAGAGCACGCCUUUCCUUGUCUCAGUCAUCUUGCUUGCGCCUAUGUGCUUAUUCACCCAGUAAAUCUCUUCUUUACAAGGCAUUCCCGAGGUUAGUUCAUACAGUGGCAAAACAUAGAAGAUAUACUAUGCAAGUAAUGCAUGGAGAAGGAUACUCAGACGGCGGACAUGAGGAGCAACCAAGGGAAGAUUUGUUUACAGUGCAGCCUCAAGAAAAGAGGAAAAUACAAACUAUAGAGGACUUAUUGAGGGAGCAGAUAGAAAAGCAGGAAUUUUAUAGUGGUGGAGAUGCAGGAAACAAUAAACCUCCCAAACAUGGUGGUGGCGGUGGUUUUGGUGAUUGGUAUAAUUCAAAAUUUUCCGAGUUCAGGGAUGAAUCAAUUCAAGUGAUUUUAGCCACCAUUGGCUUUGUCUUUCUGAUAUCUCUACUCAUUUACUACGGUUAACUUCGAUUUGACUCCAAAAAGAGCGUAGCAUCUCUGGAGAUGAAAGAACUGAAAGUGCAUUCGUGAGAUUGAGCUACUUCAUAUCUUAACUGUUACCACGAAAAUGUUAUUCUCUCUUUAAGCUGUCAUUGAUAAUCAAAUGAAUUUUGAAUUUAAAAUUUGUAAAACAAAAAUAACUCAGUGGUCAUUCUGGUGAUCCAUUUUAAGAACCAUGUAACCUACGACAAAAUGGAUAGUUCACCAUGCAACUUGUCGACACUGUUUUAUUAUAAUUAGCACGAACACCUGUCCUCUCAUUUGAUAACCAUACAUUGUCAAUUCUUCAACUGACCUCUUAUAUCUUG